UGAAUAUUAAUUUUGUUUGUUAAAAAAAUGUCAGAUGUCAAAAUCAAAAGUAGUAGAUCUCAAAGAUGUCUACUACUUAACCUAGCAAUUUUAUUUUGAAAAUUUUAAACGGAAGUCGCAGAUUUACUGGACUGGACUGGUAUUGGCUCAGAUGAAAAUAAGCGAAAACACUCGCGCGGAACUUCUCUCAUCAGGGCUGGCAGCAAGAACUUGGCGGUAUGUCUUUUCGCCGGUGGGGGUUCGGUUGGGGGCCGUUCGAUGAUGUGGACCUCUUCUCAGAGCCCUCAGAGACCCAGACAGAUACUCUGUCCCAGAUCAUCAGAGCUGCUAGAGCCGAGGAACCAGAUGCAGAUGGAUGCGUGCUGUUUGGGAACCUGAAGGGGACUGUGGUCGGGCUCAGAUAUUACACUGGGGUGGUGAACCGAGGAGAGAUGGUGGGUUUAGUGCGGGAGCCUCAGAAUCCGUAUGACAGUAACGCGGUGAAGGUCACAAACAUCUAUGGAAACCAGGUUGGACACAUCAAAAAGGAGCUGGCUGCAGCUAUGGCCUAUAUGAUGGACAGAAGCUUGGCUAAAGUCGAAGGGGUGGUGCACACAGGUGUGAACAACCCCUUCUCUAUGCCAGUUAUGCUGUCAUUCUGGGGGAAGGAAGAGGACAGGAACACUGUAAUGAAGCACAUGGCGAGUCGAGGGUAUAAACUUAAUCCAGGCUCGUCAACCGGUGGAAGCCUGGCUUUGUAUGGCACCUCGGCCUCCUCAUACAAGAAGGGUGUGACCGUCCCACUGACAGCAGAGGAGCUUAAGAACGCGUUUGAUAACUUGUUUGACGGUUUGAUGGAGAGUAAAGAUGGAGAGGAAGAAGCAGUUGAGUCUGUGGCCACCGCCCUCCUGCCUCAUCAGAAACAAGCUCUGUCCUGGAUGUGCGCUCGGGAAAACAAAGACGCGCUGCCGCCGUGCUGGGAGAAGAGAGGCGAGCUGUACUACAACAGCCUCACCUGCUUCUCUGCUAAAGAACCACCGGGGAGGGUUCGGGGGGGCAUUCUGGCCGACGAUAUGGGACUGGGUAAAACGUUGACAACAAUCGCUUUGAUCCUCACCAACUUCCACAAGGGAAAACCGCUGCCUGUGGAGAAAUGUGAGGAGCAAUUAUCACCUUGCAAAGCUAAAAGUAAACCUGCACAAAUCUCCAAACUUGAAGAGAGCAGCAGAGCUGAUUCUAAUCCUGGGGCUUCACGGAGCUCAGACCUUAUGACAACAGAAGUGAUUGACAUUGAUGCAGAAGAUGUGGUGGUGGUAGAAGAUGAACCACAGAAAGGUAAGAGCAAAAAGAAGAAGAAUCCAACUAAGAGGAAACCCAGAAAAGAGGACCCAGUUUUGUUUGAGGAUCUGGACUUUGCUGCAGCGCUGAGCGGAUCAACACCAGCUGUAGGAGCAAAGAAGAAGAAAACUGCUGUGAAGACUAAUCCCGAACAGAGUGUUGAAUCAUCAGUGACUGUAAACACAGACGAUGACUUAUCAGCUAGAACAACUCUCAUCAUCUGUCCUCUCUCGGUGCUCAGCAAUUGGCUGGACCAGUUCAAGCAGCACAUGAACCCCGACGUGAAGCUAAAUAUCUAUCUGUAUUACGGUCCAGAUCGCAACAGGAACAAAAAGUUUCUGUCCUCUCAGGAUGUGGUGAUCACCACCUACAACGUCCUCUCCACUGACUUUGCGAACAAGGGCCCCCUCAAUGAGAUCAGCUGGCUCAGGGUGGUGCUUGAUGAGGGACACGUCGUUAGAAACCCAAACGCACAGAUGAGUAAAGCCGUGUUGGAGCUCAAAGCUCAGAGGCGUUGGAUUCUUUCGGGUACGCCCAUCCAGAACAGCGUGAAGGACCUGUGGAUGCUGCUGGCUUUCCUGCGCCUGAAGCCCUUUGAUGCGAGAGAGUGGUGGAACAGAGUGAUCCAGAGACCCGUUUUGCAAGGAGACAGAGACGGCCUGAAAAACCUUCAGAACCUGGUCAAGUGUAUCACCCUGAGACGAACCAAGAACAGUGAGGUAAACGGACGCCGUGUGGUGUCGCUGCCCGAGAAGACGGUGUUUGUGGAGCAAGUGGAGCUCAGCCAGCAGGAAAGGGAGGAGUAUGAGCUGGCACGCAACGAGGGGAGGCGCACCAUCGGCAGAUACGUUGCUGAAGGGUCCGUUUUGAAGAAUUAUGCUGAUGUGCUCGCCAUCCUGAUGAGGCUUCGACAGUACUGUUGCCACAGUGACCUGCUGCCAAAGACAUCCUCAGAUUUAGGUCCAGCAGCGACGCCUGCAGAGCUGCGGGAGUGUCUGAUAGAAAAGCUGCGGUUGGUGUUGGCCAGCGGCUCUGAUGAGGAGUGCUGCGUGUGUUUGGACUCUCUCGUCCUGCCCGUCAUCACACACUGCGCUCAUGUUUUCUGCCGGCCUUGCAUCGCCCAAGUCAUCGGCAACGAGCAGAACAAGGCUCGAUGUCCUCUCUGUCGAAGCGAGAUCAAGACCAGUGAGCUGGUGGAGUUUCCACCGGAGGGGAUGGAGCAGGAGAAGAAUGUGAGCUCUGAGAGUUGGAGGACGAGCUCAAAGAUUCAAGCGUUGAUGGGGAAUCUUCUCAGACUGCAGUCUGAAGACAACAACAUUAAAUGUCUGGUUGUCUCUCAGUUUACACGCUUCCUCACCAUCCUGGAGACUCCACUCAGGCAACAUGGUUUCCGUUUUGUGCGUUUCGACGGCUCUAUGAGCCGGCAGAAGAGAACUCAGGUCAUCGAGGAGUUUCAGAGCUCUGCAGCAGGUGGUCCUACCAUCAUGCUGCUGUCACUCAAAGCUGGAGGAGUGGGGCUCAACCUGACUGCAGCCUCUCGUGUUUUCCUCAUGGACCCUGCGUGGAACCCAGCUACCGAAGAGCAGUGCAUCGACCGCUGCCACCGUUUGGGCCAGAACAGGAAAGUUGUUGUCACCAAGUUCAUCGUGAAGAACUCUGUGGAGGAGAACAUGGUAAAGAUCCAAAGAAAGAAGCAGGACCUGGUGGAGAAGGCGUUCGGCUUGCCUAGCACAAACAAGAAAACUUCUCGCAUCGAUGAUAUCAGAGCUCUGAUGGAGCUGUAAACAGAUGUAGCGUUUUGAGCCUUCUGUUAACGGAGGAGAUUCUCACAUUUUAGAAAAUAUUUGGUAUAAACAGCUUACCAGUUUUGUGUUCACAUUUUCAUUUUGAAUAAAAAAAUACAUUUUA